AUGGAGCCCUGUGGAACCCCACCAGUGACAGGCUUUAAUUUCUCCUGUUGUGCACUGGGGGGGGACACUGAUGGAAGAUGCAGCCAUACCAACUCUACAGAUUGUGCCACACCAUACCACCUUUAUAACAGACUUCUACACAGGCAAACGGUGAGAGGAAAAAAACAAAGUGGUAGUAACUGCUUAACUAUAUAUUAUCUUACAGGUGGGAACCAGCGUGAACUUGCCCGCCAAAAGAACCUGAAGAAAACUCAGGAGAUCCACAAAGGCAAAAGGAAAGAGGAUAGCUUGUCUGCUUCUCAGAGAAAACAGAGAGACUCUGAAAUCAUGCAGCAAAAGCAAAAGGCGGCUAAUGAAAGGAAGUCUCUGCAGGCAGGAGCAAAAUGAUCUGCCUCUAUGGAUAAGACAGAGUGCAUCGGGGAAACAAGGGCCUGGAAGAUCAAAGAUCAUUCAUAGAAGUGUCUGGCCAUGAAAUGAUUAAACAUUUAUUGUGCAGAGUUGUUCAACUAGCAUUAGUGUAGAGUAUUUUCUGGUUACUAUAGGCUUAGUUCUCUGGAGUGCUGUUUCAAAACUGACUACACUCUUCUGCAUGUGUAUGAAUAAAAGUACCAAGCAGCCAAGCAUUAGCUUUACUCCAGCUUUUGCUGCAUUUGUUAGUUUUACUUAAUGGUUCCAGUAACAGAAUUUCUGAAUUUGCAGUUAGACCAAAUAUUGUUGUCUCAGUUCUUGGAAGUACAGCUUCAUUCAGAAUGUGCGUAACUUUCAGAGGUCUGAACUGUAAAUCUCAUCUUGAAAUAUUUUUACAAUAAAAUGUUGCAUGAAAUACUGUCUAACCUGAAA